CGCUGCGUCCCGCUCCCCGCGGCCAGGGAGCAGCCGCGGCGGGGCCGAGCGACGCCCGCGCCGGCAGGGUCCCUGCUCGGCCCUCCGGCCGGGCCGCCCGCCCCCUCCCGCCUCUGACGACGGGAACCGGCCCGGGACGCGCGCCACGGCCGGGCCGCUGCUGACCCCGCGCGGGCUCGGAAGGACGCGGAGCUGCCGUCCACCCACAGGAAGCGGGGAGCGCCCCGCGCGGGCGGAGGGAGGGCCGUUCCCAGCAGGACGGCCCGGGCCGGUCCGGGCGGGGGCGGAGGAAGCGCCGCGCGGGGGGAGCCGGGGCCGCGAGGCGGCGGCGGGCGAAGGUUCAAGGGGCGGCUCCGGGGGUGGCUCCCCGGCAGCCGCCCGCCGCUCCCCGCCCCGCGCCCCCGGGCGCCCCGCGGCCUGGAGCCGGGGCGGGGCCUGCGCGUCCGCGCGGCUAGAAAAGGCGGCGGCCGGCCCCCGGGUGACAGCCGCGCUCGCCCUCGGAGCCCAGCCGACGCCGCCAUGAGCGCCGCCCUCUUCAGCCUGGACGGCCCGGCGCGCGGCGCGCCCUGGCCCGCGGAGCCGGCGCCCUUCUACGAGCCGGGCCGGACCUGCAAGCCCGCCCGCGCCAGCGAGCCCGGCGCCGCGGCCCCCGCCAUGUACGACGACGAGAGCGCCAUCGACUUCAGCGCCUACAUCGACUCCAUGGCCGCCGUGCCCACCCUGGAGCUGUGCCACGACGAGCUCUUCGCCGACCUCUUCAACAGCAACCACAAGGCGGGCGCGGCGGGCGCCCCGGAGCCGCCGCCCGGCCACCCCGCGCGCCCCGCCGGCCCGGGCCCCGCCGCCCCGCGGCCGCUCAAGCGCGAGCCCGACUGGGGCGACGGCGACGCGGGCUCGCUGCUGCCCGCGCAGGUGGCCGUCUGCGCGCAGACCGUGGUGAGCCUGGCGGCCGCCGCGCAGCCCACGCCCCCCACGUCGCCCGAGCCGCCGCGGGGCAGCCCGGGGCCCAGUCCCGCGCCCGGCCCGGCCCGGGAGAAGGGCGCCGGCAAGCGGGGCCCGGACCGCGGCAGCCCCGAGUACCGGCAGCGGCGCGAGCGCAACAACAUCGCGGUGCGCAAGAGCCGCGACAAGGCCAAGCGGCGCAACCAGGAGAUGCAGCAGAAGCUGGUGGAGCUGUCGGCCGAGAACGAGAAGCUGCACCAGCGCGUGGAGCAGCUCACGCGGGACCUGGCCGGCCUCCGGCAGUUCUUCAAGCAGCUGCCCGGCUCGUCCUUCCUGCCGGCCGGGGCCGCCGACGGCCGGUGACGCGUGGCCGGCGGGGGCGCGGGGAGACGCCGGGACACCUCAGACCCGCCGCGCGGAGCCCAGCGCGCCCUGCCCGCCGCAGCCGCAGCCGCCGGCGCCGCCGUUUCGGGGACGCGAGGGGAAGGGAGCCGCGGCCUGGACUUGCCACCACUGACCCUGGAGAGAAGCUGUACUUGUUGAUUUUCCCUUAAGUUAUUUUUAUAUGGUAGCUUUUUCUACAUCUUACCCCUGUUGAUGCAGCUAAGUAUUGGUAAGAAUAAAGAAGUAUUUGAAACCA